AUGGCAACAACACGGCAACUUAGGUUAUCACCAUCAACUAGCCAGCUGUUGCCUACAUCCGUUUAUUCAAUCUUGUUUGAAUCUGUACAUAAGCCAGCACCAAAUUUUGAACCCAAAUCCGAGAAGAGUCUUGAACUUUCUCUUGGCGAUCUUAACAAAUAUAAUCCUGAAAAAAAUUUCAGUUCGCAUUUUUCAUACUACAAAGCAUCAUCGUCAGCUUCACAGUUAGUAUUUAUGCUUUUAUUACAGUUAUAUCUCUCCUUCUAUAAAUUUCUUGUUCAUGCUUAA